GUAGGUCUCUUCAGUCUUUUCUCUCUGUUUUCCGGCGGGGAACGCUUUUCCCCUUCUCUCCGUCUUUCGUCGAACUCGAAAGAGGCGAAUGGAGCUGGGUCUCCGCGGACCGUAAUAUAUAGCCUCCGGCGAAUCCAAACGCCAGCAACUCACAGACUAUUAGCCAACUGGCGAUCCCAAACGGAUAAAGCUUCAGGUUACUUCCCGGAAACCCUCUGUUCUGUUGCUUAUAUGGUUUUAGUUGUAUUGGUUUCCGGUUGGAUGGUUCUUGGACUUCGGAUUGAGAAGGCUUAUUUUGAUUGAUUUCACUGUCCCUUGGAAUGGGCAUGUAUUGCAGUGUUAACUCUUAAUUGGUGCUCUCACUGAGAAGACCUAAUUCAUCGAACUGGAAGCUAGUCUUGGCUUCUUGGCCUGGUUGGACUUGCACGCAAACUGUUUGAUGAAUUGCAUGUUUGAGUGUCAGGAACUCUUUCAUCGUGGGCCUGAGUUGGUAAUUUAAAUAGUAUGGACGCAGUUGAUGCGAACUCUGAUUCCCUUGCUGCCCAUUCUUUCGUUUAAUCUCUUAUUUCCUCCUACUCACAGGUUAUAAUAGACGGUGAAGGGCCACUGAAUUGAACUGGGUUGUCUAGUUCAAGUAACUGGAGUAUCACAUGUUGAAACAAGCGCUUGGCAAAGUCCUGGGCGGCGAAGUUCUGUCGACCUCAAGCAGAAAGCUUGGACCUUUCUCAAAUUCAGCAAUUGUGGGCUUCCAUACUGGACAGACACAGAAUGCCCCAAGAAGCUUCUUCGGGGUAGAGGAUUUUCUGGACGAUGAAAACAGCAGGCCGUACACUUUCCAGAAGGGUAAAGUAUCAAAGAACCCGAACAAGAACAUCUCUUUCAAGCAAAGGACACAAGCAUUCCUGGAGCCGUUCACACUGGACGUGUUCAUCUCGAAGCGGUUCGUGUCAGCAUCGCUCACUCACAGGGUGACGAGCAAGCAAGUUGCAGUGGCUGGGACGAACUCCAAGGACAUCAAGGCCGUGCUGAAGUCGAGGUCGGACGUUCCUGCCUGCCUGGCCAUUGGCCGGAUUCUGGGCGAGAGGGCAAGGGAAGCUGACGUUUACACUGCUGUCUACACUCCUAGGGAGAAGGACAAGUUUGAAGGGAAAAUAAGAGCUGUGGUUCAGUCUCUCAUUGAUAAUGGGAUUGGUGUUAAAGUUUACCUUGACUGAUCGAAGUAGCUUUGUUCUGAUUAACUGUGUUCUUUUCUUCAGUGGUCGGAUUGUAACAAGAUUAAUGCGGAAUCAUGAAUGAGUCUGAGGUGCUGUUCUGUAACACGAGAAGAUUUGUAAGGAUAUGCUGCUAUUAUGGUAGCAAUUUCAUUUUGCUAACCAUUUGAACAUUAGGAACCAUUACCCUUCCAAAUGUCAUUGCAAUGAAAUGACGCAAUUCGG